AUUUUAUUCAUAAAUUGUUUGUUUGAUUCCUUAACUAUGAUUUUAGUUCUCAAUUUUGUUUCAGAAAGUUUUGUGCUUUUGUGUUUUGAUCACUUAAUUUUCUGUUCUUCAUUUCGGCAAUGGUCAAAUAGGUUUUUCUGAGGGCAGUCCAGACAAGGAUUUAGUUUAGGUACUCCCCUGAGGUAUAAAUAAGUUAGUAUACAGCCAUAUAGGGCUAAUUAAGUUCAAUUGAUGACUAAAAAUACACAUAGGUUUGCUUGAAUAACUUCAUAUAAAUUUUGAUUGGCAAAAAUAAGGUAAAGAGAAUCAACGAUUUAUGUGGUAAUUAAACAAUAGUAAACGAUGGGAAUGAGAAUUGAUCUAACUAGGACAAAAAAUUGGAAGGAAAUAAACAAAUCCAAGCUAGUUUUCGUGUGUUACAUUGAAAAAGGAAAUGGGAAUGGAAGGGCGAGGAUUGAUGAGAUAGGAAAAGUGAAGAGGGGGGUAAUGAGGAGGUAGGAAAAUGUGUCAAAAUUGUUCCUUUGUUUUUCUAAAAUAAGUUUUUCACUUUGACAGAGUUAUUUUCCACCAUUUACAUGGAAAACCUUUUACACCAAACCAAACACAAAAAUUCAAGUGGUAUCUUUAUCUUCUAGCUUGUAAUUUGCUUGGGAGACGAAUAAGCAAUUUGAACCUCUAAUUGGCUAUUGAUAUCUAGCUACUGUGGUUUGAAGAGUAUUGCUUUGAACAAAUGUGUAAAAGUGGAACCUUUUUAUUUACAGCACCUUAGCUGUUAAGAGUGACCUGGUUAUCAGAAAGCCUAGUUAACAGCAGUUCUUGAUGGAACUGUUGGGCUUAUGGGUCCCUUCCUAUGUGGAGAAGCCCAUUUUAUUUGUAGCAAAAUUGUGUUGCUACUGUUGAAUGCUUAGGCUUCCUUGAGAAGUUUAUCCUUUUUUACUUUUGGUGUGCUAUCUUGAAUUACAUUCAGCUGGGCAAUAAUAAUAAUAAAAAAAGAGCAUAGGUAUGUGAGGAAGUUGAGAAAAGAGUGGUAAAAAGAGUAGCCCCUUUUUUUUUUCACGUUUUUCAGUGAGCAAGUUCAAAGAUCACUCUGAUCGGAGUAUCAUCCACCGUCCGAUUUGGCUCAAACUUUGCCAGAUUCUUUGGGACAUCCUGGGCUUCAUCUCCACCGGAGGGAUUGUCUUUUGCUGCUUCCUUUUGUGAGAUAUCGCUGUUUGAAUCAGCUCUGUUUUUCUGGUGAUAUUUCUCAAUUCUUUCCUCAAUUGUGUAGCUCUUGUUCUCGGUUAUUGUUGGGUAAUUUGAGUGCCCACUUUGUGACUUGGAAUUGGGUUUGUGUAACCUUCCUUUAUCAUAAUAAGAGCAAUUUGGGUGGACUCCUUUAUCGGUCCCGUGGUUUUUACUCUUCACAUCAAAGGGGUUUUCCACGUUAAAAUUAUUGUGUGUUCUUGCUUUAUUAUUAACUUGUUCAAUUGAUUAUCUUCUGUGAUUGUUGGAAAUUGGGGUGUUGAUAUUGCUGGAAAUUGUUGAUAUUGGUAGAUCAUUAGUUAGGGCAUUUUAGUUGGUGACUUUGAACAAACUAGCAGUAGAAUUUUGCUUGGAGUUCGUUUUGUCAUUCGAUAUUUCCUCAGGAGGUGUGUUUACCUCAACAGGAACCUCAUCAAUCACUCUCACAUGAACACUAAAAAUGAUUUUCUUAAACCGGACUUCUCGUCUUCUCCUAUACUUGUUUUGUACCUGUUCUUGAAUCCUUGAUGGUGUAGUGUGAUAUUAAAAAUCAUAUUGAGGAUGAGUAUAUGUUCUAUAUGAUUAUAAUAAAGUGUGAAGUUUAAGUCUUCUAGAUAUACUUAACUGAAGGGUGUUCAAUUUAAUCGUGCUAAAUUGAGUAGGAAUUUUCAUCCUACCUCCUUAGCUUAUCCUUGACUAUCACAUGUUUUAAAGUCAGAAACUUUGAGCCGUCAAACCACAUUUUCCUGGAGAUUGUUGUAGAAGAGUAAAAGAAUGGAGGAAAAAUGGGGUUGGCCAGCAAUCGGAAUAGAUCUCGGGGCAAGAUUCUCAAGUGUGGCAGUUUGGCAGCAUGGUCAAGUUGAGAUUCUAAUGAAUGAUCAAGGCAACCGGAAAACACCAUCUUACGUUGCUUUUACUGGAAAUCAAUGCCUUGUUGGUGAUGCUGCCAAGAAUCAAAGUGAUAGAAACCCUGCAAACACCAUCUUUGAUGCAAAGAAGCUUUUAGGAAGGAGAUUUAGUGACAUAACAGUUCAAAGUAACAUCAAGAGCUGGCCAUUUAAGGUUAUUGCUGAUCCGGAAAGUGAUAAGCCUAAGAUCAUAGCCUCCUAUAAGGGUAAAGAGAAGCAGUUUACUGCUGUGGAAAUAUCUUCUAUGGUGUUAAUGAAGAUGAAGGAGACUGCCGAGGCCUAUCUAGGCACGAAAGUGAAGUAUGCAGUUAUUACUGUUCCAGCUUACUUUAAUGAUUCCCAACGUCAGGCAACAAAAGAUGCCGGAAUUCUAGCUGGGUUCAACAAUGUUCGUAUUAUCAACGACCCAACAGCAGUCGCUAUAGCUUAUGGUUUCCACAAAAAACUUGAUUCUAGUCCCUUGAUUAAGAAUGUUCUGGUCUUUGACCUGGGUGGUAGGACACUAAAUGUCUCUGUGCUAACUAUUAAUAAGGAUGUAGUUGAAUUUAAAGCAGUUAGCGGGCAUUCCCAACUUGGAGGAGAUGGCAUCCAUAGUAAUAUGGCAGAAAUUUUCAUUGAAAGGUUUAAAUGGUCACAUGGUUAUUAUGUGAGUGAAAAGCAUCUUGAAGGAUUGGUAGCCUCUUGUGAGAAGGCAAAGAGGACUCUUUCUACAUGUUGUGAGACUGCUAUCUAUCUGUAUUCUGAUUUUCUGGGCAGUUAUUUUUCUUCACCCAUCACUCGUGCAAGAUUUGAGAUGAUAAAUGAAGUCUUAUUCAAAGAGUUAAUGCUCCUUGUUGAGAAAUGUUUGAGGGAUGCUAAUAUGGAAAGAUAUGACAUUGAUUAUGUUGUUCUAGUUGGUGGAUCGACCAAGAUUCCUAAAGUGCGGCACAUGUUGCAGAAUUUUUUUUGUCAUACGACAAAGCAUUGCUAUGACAUCAACACUGAGGAGGAACUUGCUUAUGGAGCUGCCAUCCAUGCUGCAAUGUUGAGUCGUGUUUAUGGUUCUCCUAUUUUUCCUCGUAUUGAGCUUCAUCAUGGUGCAGCUGUUGAAGAAAGUUUUUUGGUUCCUGGUAAAAGACUCAGAAAAGCAGUACAGUCCAGGGUCCAGGAACCUUCUCCGUCUUUAAUCUUACAAGACGUUGAUUCGCUGCUGAAGGAGUUGUCGUUCAAUUUAUCCAACGAUGUCAAAUAUGUCUCCUCUUCUGCAACUCAAUUCUUGAAUCUAUUGAAGAAAAUUAGGCGCAAACCAGAUGACCCUAAACUAACCCGGCAAGUAUCUCAAUCACUCAAGAACUUCUACCCUUCUAUUGAUAAGCAUUGGCUGACUAUUAUCAAGUCUAUCGAAGAGAAUCUCUUAGUCUCCCAACACCAAUACUUGGAAUGGGCUUCGAAGGAGGCUGCUAUUCCAUUGAAACAAGAAGAAGCUGGUACAACACAUAACCAACUUGUUAGUAUUAAGAACAAAAUGGUUCAGAAAUCCCUUUCUCAAGAUCAACUCAGAUCAAAAAUUACUGUGAUAGAUGAGGAAUUAGCCAAGCUAUUGGACCGUAAAUCUCAACUGGAAGUUGAUCUUAAUUUUGUGGAGGAAGACCUUUGUAAGCUGACUCGGUCCGUAGGUGCUCAACUCGAUCUCGCAAGGAAGCAGUCUGUUCAGUUGGCUUGUCUUCGAGAAGCAAGCAACUUUAAGGCUAAGGCUAAGAUUUCGAUGGAUGCUUCACUUGAUAGCCUUGCCAAGUACUUCAGGAAUUUGUAAGUGCUUCCUUUUUCGUGUGAAAGUGGUAAUUCCUAGAGUUUAAUUUGAUGAAAUUAAUAUGUAACUCCAAGAAGUGAACCUAACCUUAAUUUGGCCAUGUUCUUAAAUCAUAGUGCAAUAUGUCUUUGUACUAGGAACUGAUUUUGGCAUACCACUUUAUUGAUAUUGGCAAACCUCUAUGUGAGUAGAGUGCAGUUUCUUGUGCGUUCAUAGUGGGUGUGCUAAAAUCAUUUCGCCAUUGUAUUUUCUAGAAAAUAUGUAGUAAAUGCUAACUUGAUCAUAAUUGGAGGGGCUCACUAGGCUGAGGAAGUCUUGUUCUA